UUGCAAAACAAUUGAGGGCCGCCGUUUUGUAAUUAGGAACCAAGGAGGGGACUUUCUUCCUAACACAAAGCCUCUACCGUUGUGCAUCGUCCUGCUGACGUUCCAAAUGUUUCCAAAUAUUUCGAGACCUCCAAGGCGCUUGAAUUGCGUCCGUCUCUUCAUUUAAGAGUUCAACCGAUCCACAAUCCCCCUCUCCCUUCCUCUCCCUCUGCAAGAAUUGACACCAACCGGCCAUUUUUUAAAUCUAUAGCAGUCACAGGGCAUCUCUCUGUUCUUGGGCAAUUCCCUUAUACAUCAUUUGACGCCAACGUUUUCCAAUUCUAUAGCAGUUGCCUAGGACCUUUCUUCUGCUUCAGCCGAUCUCUGUUUCGUCAUCGUCAUCACCAUCACUCCUCUCUCUUUCUCUCUAGGAUGGAAGACAGGUACGAGCCCCUGAAGGAUCUGGGGGCGGGCCAUUUUGGGGUGGCGAGGCUUGUGAGGGACAAGAAGACUAAGGAACUUGUUGCUGUAAAAUACAUAGAGAGGGGAGACAAGAUUGAUGAGAAUGUGCAGAGGGAGAUCAUCAACCACAGAUCAUUGAGGCAUCCAAACAUUAUCAGGUUCAAGGAGGUAACACUAACUCCAACUCAUUUAGCCAUUGUGAUGGAAUAUGCUGCUGGAGGCGAGCUUUUUGAAAGGAUACGCAGUGCUGGUAGAUUCAGUGAGGAUGAGGCAAGGUACUUCUUUCAACAGCUCAUAUCUGGAGUCAGCUACUGUCAUUCAAUGGAAAUUUGUCACAGGGACCUAAAACUCGAAAACGCUCUUCUGGAUGGGAGUGCAGCACCUCGUCUUAAAAUUUGUGAUUUUGGUUACUCAAAAUCUUUGUUAUUGCAUUCCAAACCAAAAUCAACAGUGGGAACACCAGCAUACAUUGCACCAGAGGUUCUAUCUCGAAAGGAAUACGAUGGAAAGAUUGCUGAUGUUUGGUCUUGUGGAGUAACACUCUAUGUGAUGCUAGUUGGGGCAUACCCUUUUGAGGACCCAGAGGAUCCAAGGAAUUUCCGUAAAACCAUUGGGAGAAUAAUGAAUGUGCAAUACUCAAUUCCAGAUUAUGUCCGUAUAUCUGCAGAUUGCAGACAGAUUCUUUCCCGAAUAUUUGUUGCUGAUCCAUCAAAGAGGAUCACAAUUCAAGAGAUAAAGAAUGACCAUUGGUUUUUAAAGAGCUUGCCAAGAGAAUUGGUUGAAGGAGAGGAGAAAAACUUUGUCGAUAAUCUUAAUAAUCCUCAGCAGAGCAUUGAAGAAAUAAUGAAAAUCGUAGAAGAAGCUAAAUCUGUUGUUCAAAGUGCUAAGUUUCCUACUGGGAUAGAUGUGGAUCCUGAUGAUCUUGAGCUUGAUGAAGAUUUUGGAAACAGUGGAGAUUAUGCUGGUGCCAUCUGAAUGAGAUGACAGUUGUCAUAGAUGAACAGAAACGAGUUGCAAGAGGGAUUGUAAACUAGAAAUGGGGUUUACAGCUGAAUGGGUUGGCUUUGAAUUCAUGCUGUUUUACUGGGUUCUGGAUGAGAUCAGUUAGGAUGUUGGUAUGUCCUCUUCUGGUUUCAUAUCUGUCAUGUACAUCGCACUGUCCGAUACAUGUGCAUUAACUUCUGUAAACCUCACAGUUGACUGAUCUUUUAUGUACUUUUAAGCAUGCACGUUUGCUUGUGUCAGGAAUCCCAAAAUUUGUUAUCAGAUAACCAUUUAUA